GAGGGCGGCGGCUCGAGCUGCUCGCAGGCACCGUCCGCCCCUCUGCGCUGGCGGCGCGGACACGCUCCUCGGCGGAGACGCGUCUGAGUGGAAAUGGAGGGGGACAGGCCACACUGACAGCGGCAGUUAUGCGGCACAGCCUCGGGUCAGGAUGGCGACUUCAGGGGCCGGGGCCGGCAGCGACUCCCAGGAGGGCGCUGAGCUGGCUGAGUGUGGUGAGGACGAGCGGACCCAGGGGGCCCUUUACCCUGAGGAGUUUGUGGCCAUCGCCGACUACGCUGCCCCGGACGAGACGCAGCUCAGUUUUUUGAGAGGAGAAAAAAUUCUCAUCCUGAGACAGACGACCGCUGACUGGUGGUGGGGCGAGCGUGCGGGGGCCUGCGGGUACAUCCCGGCCAACCAUCUGGGGAAGCAGCUGGAGGACUGCGAGCCCGAGGACUCAUGGCAGGACGAGGAGUACUUCGGCAGCUACGGGACCCUGAAACUUCACCUGGAGAUGUUGGCAGACCAACCACGGACAACCAAAUAUCACAACGUCAUCCUGCAGAACAGGGAGUCCCUGAAGGAUAAAGUGAUUCUGGAUGUGGGCUGUGGCACAGGGAUCAUCAGCCUCUUCUGUGCACACUACGCGCGGCCCAGAGCGGUAUACGCGGUGGAGGCCAGUGAGAUGGCCCAGCACACUGGACAGCUGGUCCUGCAGAAUGGCUUCGCCGAUGUCAUCACCGUGUUCCAGCAGAAGGUGGAGGACGUGGUGCUGCCAGAGAAGGUGGACGUGCUGGUGUCCGAGUGGAUGGGGACCUGCCUGCUGUUUGAGUUCAUGAUCGAGUCCAUCCUGUACGCCCGGGACGCGUGGCUCAAGGAGGACGGGGUCAUCUGGCCGACCACGGCCGCGCUGCACCUGGUGCCCUGCAGCGCCGACCGGGACUACCGCAGCAAGGUCCUCUUCUGGGACAACGCCUACGAGUUCAACCUCAGCGCCCUCAAGUCCCUCGCCAUCAAGGAGUUUUUCUCGAAGCCCAAGUACAACCACAUCCUGAAGCCCGAGGACUGCCUCUCUGAGCCCAGCACCAUCUUGCAGCUGGACAUGAGGACCGUGCAGAUUGCCGACCUGGAGACGAUGAAGGGCGAGCUGUGCUUUGAGAUGAAGAAGGCCGGCACGCUGCACGGAUUCACAGCCUGGUUCAGUGUCCGGUUUCAGAACCUGGAGGAGGACGAGCCGCAGCUGGUGCUGAGCACGGGACCCUUCCACCCCACCACCCACUGGAAGCAGGUGCUGUUCAUGAUGGACGAGCCGGUCCCCGUCCUCGCGGGGGACGUGCUCACGGGGGCCGUCGUGCUGCGGAGGAACCCGGUGUGGAGGAGGCACAUGUCCGUGGCCCUGAGUUGGUCUGUCACCUCCGGGCAGGACCCCGCGUCCCAGAGAGCUGGAGAGAAGGUCUUUCCUAUCUGGAGAUGACCAUCCGUGGGCUGCUGGAAGUGGGGUGCCGCCUCCGCAAGUGGUGG